CUCCGUGUCGCCAUUCCCGCUCUAAGAAGCUCCAAAGCUCCAGUGUUGCUACUCGUUCGGAGCUUCGAAAUUUUCUUCCCGUUACCGGAAACCCGGCAAUUUUUGUUUUUGUUUUUUUGGGGGGGAUUACGCCAGGGUUUCUGGUCCUUCAUAAUCAUUUCUCCCCUUCUUGUUGCCCGGCGGUGAAUUUCGGCUUCUCUCUUUUUACCAAAGUCCUUCGGUUGCCAACACGAUUUACCUUCUCCGGUAGUUGUUCGAGUAAGGUUGGUCCUCGAUCUUUUCCAUCCAGUGUAUUGAUUGAUUUGCAUGAGAACGAUUCUUCAGUUUUCACUAUUAACGACGAGUUUCAGGGUCCCCCGUCUGCUUCAGCCAGUGGUACUGGCAGUUGGAGGAAAAUGCUCGAUUCGUCUGCUUAGGGUUUUUGGUUUACGGAAGGUUUACUGUUUUACGAAUACUAGACUCGCUGUGUGAUUUUGCUUUGCGAUUUCUCAAUUUCCGCUCUUGCUUGGGUGGGUUUCUGUUGGUCUACGUUUCUGUUUCCUGCUCGGUUGGGUUUUCUUUUAUGAAUGUUGCUGCCAUUUUCCUUUUCAUUUAUUUGGUUUUUGGCUUGAAAGUUUAAUUCUUAUGGUGUUUUCUCUUGUUCAGGUUAGUUUCAGGUCGACUGGGGUUUUCAUCUUACUGCAUCUUCUGGUUGUGGAUCAGCAAGGCUCUCUUUGACUCCAUCUUUGUGAUCUCUGCUUACCGGCUUCAUUUUGAUGGUCUCUCUUGAACUGGUAUGUUGAUUUUGCAUUUCCUGAUAUGUUGAUGAGAAUUGUGGUUAUCCAGUUUGUGCCUAAAUUUUCCCUGUCUUCUGCUGUUGUGCUGUGGACUCUUUUAAUGUCAGUGCAGCUACUGAGGUGACGGGACCAAUAGAACUUGUGAACUGCGCACUAUCACUUAGGAACCUAGUUCGGACUAGCUGAGGGGUUUAGUGCUGAACCAUGGAAUGCAACAAAGAAGAGGCAGUAAGAGCAAGGGAACUUGCCGAGAAGAAAAUGCAGGCCGGUGAUUACACUGGGGGACGAAGGCUGGCACUAAAAGCUCAGCAACUCUAUCCAGAGAUUGAAAGCCUGUCCCAAUUGUUAGUAGUUUGUGAUGUCCACCUUUCUGCUGCUAACAAACUAAACGGUGUUGACAUCGAUUGGUAUGCGAUUCUCCAGAUCGAACACUUCUCAGACGAUGCUAUCAUCAGGAAGCAAUACAAAAAGCUUGCAUUUUCACUUCAUCCGGACAGGAACAAGUGUCCUGGUGCAGAGGCUGCUUUCAAGCUCAUUGGUGAAGCAAAUAGGGUGCUUACUGACUCAAUAAGCCGUUCUAUUUUCGAUUCAAAAUGCAGAGUGGUAAGACCAGCCCCUCCCAAAGUAGCAGCAGCAAAUCAUAUGAACAAAAAUCCACCUAGUGGUUCUACUCAUCAACCGGCUCAACCACAACAUGUAGGAUCACAAUCUUAUCCACAGCCACCACAACAAACGUUUUGGACCUGUUGCACAUCUUGUAAGGUAAAGUUUCAGUAUUAUGCACACUUUAGGAAUCGGAUGCUGCGUUGUCAAAAUUGCAAUCAGACCUUUGUUGCACGUGAUGUGAUCAACAUAGGCGGGCAACCACCUGGUUCCUCUUAUUCUAAUUCUGCCAGUCAGUCGCACAGAUUCAGUAAUGUUCAUGGACAUGGUAAUGUUGGUCCACAAAGUAAUGGUGGUGGCAGCUACACCUUUGCCGGUGUUGAGUUAAGACCUACUGGAAGAAAAGCUGCAGCUAUUCGUGGGGAUUCUAAAAUGGGAGAGGCAAAAACAAAUGUUUCCAAUGGAAGAACUGGCAAACGAUGUGCUGUUCGCAAGUGGGCUGCUGGAAAGCAUGCAGGGGCUUCAGCACAAAAGCGGCCAAGUCCUUGUAAAGAGAAUUCAGGUGGUGAUGAUGAUUUUGUUGCUGCACCAUCAAAAAGGUCAAGGGAGAAAAGACUGUCUGGCUUUUCUGAAAAGGAAAUGAAGAAACCAAGUAAUAGUGGUGGGGAACUGAACAGUGAGCAUUCAUCUGGUUCAGCUCCUACCGCGGCUGAUGGGAGUAAGGAAGAAGCAGAUAAAAAAGCUAGGCGUAUUCUUGAAGCGAAGUUAUUAUUAAAAAAGACGAGUAGAAGUCAAAGUAUUCAGGCAAAAGAAGACGAAGCUCAUGUCUCUGAGAAGCAAGAGUCAAAUGAUCUAGAUAAUGGUAAUGAACCUGAAUCUGGAGAAGAAAUUGCAUGUCCUGAUGUACAGUUCAGUGAUUUCGACAAGGACAAGUCUGAGAAUUGUUUUGAUGUUAAUCAAAUGUGGGCUUUGUAUGAUGAAACUGAUUCCAUGCCCCGGUCCUAUGCUCAGGUCAAGAAAAUUUCCUUACCAGGUUUUAAGGUGCUGAUUACUUGGCUGGAUGCUUGUCCAAGUACUAAAGAAGAGAAAGAUUGGAAUGAAAGGGGUUUUCCAGUUUCUUGUGGUAUGUUUGGUAAGGGCGACACUACUGUAAUCAAACACCGUCAGAUGUUUUCACAUCAAAUUCAUUGCACAAGAGGAAAAGACAAGGACACUUUCUUAAUCUACCCUAAGAAGGGCGAGACAUGGGCGCUCUUUAAGGAUUGGGAUAUGAAACUCGGCUCCAAACCAGAAAAGCAUAAUUGGCCAGACAGCUUCGACUUUGUCGAGAUUGUCUCAGAUUUUAGCGAGGAAGCUGGCAUUGGGGUUGCUUGGCUCGUUAAAGUAGAAGGCUUUGUUAGCAUCUUCCAGAGAGUUCACAUUCAUAAGGUCAUCUCAGUUUGCAUAAAUCCCUCUGAAUUGCAAAGAUUUUCGCAUCGCAUUCCCUCACGCAUGAUGACUGGCAAAGAAGCAAAAGGUGUCCCUCCUGGGUCUUUUGAAUUUGAUACGGCUGCCUUGCCUAGCAGUCUUUAUAGCUUCAAUACGAAGGCAGAUGAGGUACAUUCUAGUAAGGGAGCAACUAGAUCUUAUUCACACUAUAAAAUGGAACCCACUAGAUCCUCUCUGAAGACAUGCUUACCAAAUAUGAGUGAGAUUGAUCCUCAUAGACGUACCCUAGUUUGUGGGUUAGCUGCAAAACUGCCAGAUGGUAUACGGUUUAGAACUCCUGCUGCCAGUCACUUUGGAAUCGAAAGAGAUGUGGGUAUUGCCCAACCCCAGAGGCCAAGUACUUCAUUUCAGGCUGCGGAGAAGUUCAUUCCUCAGGUGAAGUAUAAUAAUAUUGAACUCAGAGGACCUGUACCAAUGCAAGGCAGAAGAUCUUCCAAGGUCUCGAGCAAGGCAAAUGUCAGUGGUGGUGGAAGAAAUACAAUCCCAUCUGUUAGUGUAGAAGAUCUCGAUAUGAAUACUUCAUCAGGCAUUCGAGCGGAUGAUUCAGAAAGUAUUGCAGAAACAACCCCUGCAUCAUCCGCAUCCAAGCGGAAGAUCGAAGUAGCAAAGCAUAAUUUCAAGGCUGAAAGGUCUGAAGAUAAGUUCAAAAGCGGUCAGGUGUGGGCUGUUCGAAGUGAUGAAGAUACAAUGCCGAAGAAUUAUGCUCUAGUGAAAAAAAUUGAAUCUUUCCCCUCUUAUAGAUUGCAUGUGGCUUUACUCGAGCCCUUGUCUUCCUCGAUUAUCAAGAAUCAAUCUAGUAGUUGUGGAACGUAUAGAGAAGGAAAAACUGUGGUGGUUCCUCUUGGCCAGUUUUCUCAUCCGGUGCAUGUUGAAUCAAUUGAGAAGAACAGGUACCAGAUAUACCCUAGAAAGGGCGAGAUAUGGGCAAUAUAUGACAACUCAGAGUCUGAUCGGGGUAAUGGAGAAUUCAGGAUUGUGGAGGUGGUUGAAAGUAAUGAUAGUGCUGUAAAAGUUGUGACUUUGACUGCAUUGAAGAAGUUUGCUGGGUUCGAGACGUUCUACAGAGGCCCCAAGAGUCGGAGAAGUGGCCAUAUGAUGGAGAUACCUCUUGCUGAGAUCAGCCGAUUUUCUCAUCAAUGCCUGGCAUACUAUCACAGAGACGUCCUGAGUGGAUAUUGGGAGCUCGACCCUUCGUCUAUUCCCAGUCAAGUUAUUCUUCUGGAAUGAAUUUGGGUUGGUGAAUAUGCUGAACUUGUUUUUGCUCUCCGGCAUCUGAGGUUGCAGCACGCAGUUGAACGAUGAUAGACGAAGACACGAAGUUUGGAUAACUGUCUUGUGUGAGCAGUCCGACUGAGAGGAGGGUUUACCAUUUUGUUUAUGUUGGUUUAACCUAAGUUAGGUGCUGUGGAACUUAGCUAGUAGCUUCUUUAGCUUAGUAUUUAGUUGGAUCUUCCUGACAUUUUGGGAUUCUCUCUACCGUUGUGCCUCUGUUUAUUCUCUUCGUCCCUCCUUGUUCUUUCUGAUGUUGUACUUUUCUCAGAAGGUCAAAAAUAUGUCUCUAUUUUUUUUUUUCUGCCAUUAUGUCGUCCCUUUGCUUACAUAUGCAGGUAGCAUAUGUUUCUGAUAUUGGCUGUGGAAGAGUUCGCCUAUUACUAGAACGAAACCUGAAUUGGGAGCUAAUGUUAGUAUUAUAAUAGCAUUUGUUCUAGUGGUAUAAUUCUCGUUUUAGGUGCGAGAGGUCCCGGGUUUGAUUCUCGAAAUGCUCCAGCUUCUUUGUUCUGUCACGGUUAGUUUUUUCUACGCUGCUAACUUCUACUCGUUUGUUAGUUGUCACUGCAACCGGGAAAGAUGACUGGUGCUUUUACUCCUUUAGUUAUUAAUAUUCUGCCAUAGAAGGGGUGCUUUUACUCCUUUAAAAAAUAUAGAUACAUGCUACGCUCACCAUUUUUUCAUCUCCUUAAUCGUUUCUGUAGGGGUGGAGCAGUACAACUACAAAGCCUUUACAAAAGAAGGGGGAAAUGGGUUUCACCCUUUCUCUUGUAGCACAGGCGAGGCGACCAGAGCCAGAG